UCACUGUUAAAAUUAACUUCAGUUUGAGAGCGUCAAGAUUGUAGCAUUGUUCUUCAAACAUCCUCAGCUGUAAAUUUUAAGUGUUAAAAACACCGGCAGCUCAUAUGAGCUCGAAGGAAGGCAGAAUUAAGCGCACCAAAAAUGUGCGUAAUUUGGAUGCGGAUGAUGCACCUUCACUAACGCAAUCAAUAAUCGAUGAACAUCCAAAUAUUAUACCUGCCGGGCGACAGUUAGAGAGGACACCUCCAUCUGAAAGUGAAAGAGUAACAACACACCAGCCCAGCGAACCAGAUGCUUCUCCAACAUCAGAACAAGUGGUCAAAGAUGAGCCAUGCGGCCAGGAAAUAACCAAACACCUUUCUUGCAAUGGAUCAAAUGAAGUUCUCCAGCACCCCAAAGUUAAAGAUGAGAGGAAGUCCAUCAGGAGGUCUAGUUCUACAGCAGCAUCAGCAACCACUGGGAAUACCGAUCCUGAAAUCUUCAUCCAGGGAAUGCAGGGAUACAAAUGGACAGACACAGACCUGGAGUUUGUCUAUCAAAGCAAAUGGAAAAAGCGAGUUCAACAGGCGCAGCAAGAGUUAAGCGACUUGCAAAAGUCUCUGAAGAGCAUGAAACAAAUGCGGGACAUGGGCCUUGCUGUACUUGACAAAAUACAAACAGAGCUUUCUAAGGUGGCGUCAUGUGAACGUUUACAGCAAAUUUCCAUGGAAAUACUUCUGAGGUCCCUGAGCUCUAGUCAGCUGGAAGGGCUUGAUCUUAAAGAUCUCCUUGCCAAACUAAAGGUUGCUGAUGUGCACUGCACUACUGCUGAGGAGAAGGCAGAGGUCAGCAAACUCAAGACAGAGGCGGAAAAAGCACAAGUAUUGAGAGAAAAGGAGGAGCGACUCAUGAAGGACACUGACAGCUGUAAGGAGAACAUCAACCAAAUCAAGGUAAACAUAGAUACUCUGAAAGCAGAAAUAUCUGUUCUGGAAUCCCAGCUGUCCGGUAAAGAGGAGGCACCACAGUCAGCUAAACCACAGAAAAAAGUCCACAGAGGCACCAAACACUCUACUGCCCCUAAACUCCCUUCAGACCCCAAACCUCCUGACUCUCCUCCUGCUCCAAAACCCUCCAAACCUCCUGCCUCUCCUCCUGUACCUAAACCCUCCAAAGCGUGA